ACCAUUCAUUAAACCUACGACCACUUCCUGCCAGCAACCUUAUGCAAAUCCUAGAGUUUCCACUCGCUUCACUCCCAAUUUGCAAAGGCUAAAACCGACGACGAUGGCACCUGAAAACCCAUCUCAUCCUUCCGAAAACGACUUGCCAUAUGUCCUGAUCCUUAAACCCCCGCCAUCUUUCGUCAUCCUCGGGGACCAUUUCUUCAACUCCACCAAAUUCCGUUUCCUGAAGGCAUACGAAUCUCCACUCCCUCUUGCCCACUUCUUACUCGCUCACGCUCAGUCCGUACAAGCCAUUCUCUCAUCCGGUGGCGCUCCUGUCACCGCCGAUACCAUCCGCCUCAUGCCCCUCCUGCGCUUGGUCGUCACCACUAGCCAAGGCCUUAACCACAUCGACCUCUCCGAGUGCCGACGCCGUGGCAUCGUCGUCGCUAGCGCUGGAACCAUUUACUCCGCUGAUUGUGCGGAUUCCGUGGUGGCGUUGUUGAUUGACGUUUUGAGGAAGGUUUCGGCUGCCGACCGCUUUGUCAAGCAAGGGCUCUGGUCGUCCCAAGGAGAGUACCCUCUUGGCUCUAAGCUUGGAGGUAAGCGAGUGGGAAUUGUUGGAUUAGGAAGUAUUGGAUCAGAGGUUGCUAAAAGGCUGGAGGCAUUUGGCUGCUCUAUCUCUUACAAUUCAAGAAAGAAAAAACCAUUUUGCUCAUACCCUUUUUAUCUCAACGUUCGUGAACUGGCCGCAAACUGCGAUGCCCUUAUAAUUUGCUGUGCAUUAACUGAUGAAACGCACCACCUGAUUAACAAGGAAGUGUUGUCGGCGUUGGGGAAGGAUGGAGUCAUUAUUAAUAUAGCACGUGGACCCAUCAUGGAUGAGAAGGAACUGGUGCGGUGUUUAGUUGAGGGAGAGAUCCGAGGUGCUGGCUUGGAUGUGUUUGAGCACGAGCCUGAUGUUCCCAACGAGCUUUUUGCAUUGGAUAAUGUAGUUAUGUCUCCCCAUAAUGCUGUUUUUACAUGGGAAUCUUUUGAAGAUCUGCGUAAACUCGUGGUCGGAAACUUGGAAGCUUUCUUCUCAAAUGAACCCUUAUUAACUCCAGUUGUUCUGGAUGAUCAACCACAUUUCUCAGGGUGAAAAAGACUGGAGCAACAGAGGAGACAAGGACUAAGAGCUGCUGCAUUGUCAUUAUUAAUUACUUUGUCCUUAUGUCUUCCAAUUGUAAGCUGGAAAAUUAGAAAUUGUAUUGAAUUGCUGACAGCCUUUGUUAACAACUAGAUAUAACCUCAUUUGGGUGAAAAAUAACGAACAUGGUUUACCAUUGUUUGGAAAUGUGUGCUCUUGCAAGCUUGUUUAUGGUAGUCAAGAACCGAGACAGGGUUUUAACCUCUUGCUAUGUACAAAAAGCCUUCCUUGUA